CAAUUAAUCUUUCCGUACCGGAGCCAAAUUCCCAAACUUGUUCCUCGCUUCCGUUCCUCUUCUCCACCUUGCAGCUUAUCCUAAAACCCAAACCCCUGAAGAAUGAGAUUCUUUCCUUGCUACGGUCAUCUUCCUCUUCUUUGAUGGUUUCUUUAGAAAUUGGAAUCCUCUGGGUGAGUGUCUACUAUGCAAGCCAAUAUGAUGGUAAAUGAACUAGAUCCGGAUGUUGUUCGAUGGAGGCUACAUGAACUUUGCUUGCCUUCGAAUGGCAAUUCCUAUGGUAGUGUGACAUCGUAUGAAAGAGAUUGCGGUCAAGUUGGGUAUGUCAGAGAGGGUUAUCAGGAACCAGCAUAUUUGAAUAUUGAGAAUGAUGCAGUUAUUGCAGUUGCUUAUCAAGAAGAGCUUUCAAAACUUGCUUCUGCAGAGGCAUCUGGGGUCACCAAUCCUGGCCAAGCCUCUAUUCUUUCACAGGAUUGGCUUGGGCCUCCAGGGAGACAACAAAAUUUUGGUAUUGGUUAUGAGCAUGAUCGUAGAGCAACAGAAGAUCCUAACCAAAAUGAAAUAUAUUCAAAUAACCACUAUCAAGGGACCCAUGAAUGUUGCUCAGUGAUUAAUGAACAGGCUGGUGAAGACUCCACUAAGGGAGUGGAGCCUUUUUCUGAGGAAGUUGUAGUCCGUACAAUUGAUAUAACAGAUGAGUCAUCUGUUCUAGAUGGUGAAGUAGGAAAGAGGUUGAAUCAGAUGGUUUCUGUUCCUCAUGUUCCUAAAACUAAUGGGGAGAUACCAUCAGCUGAUGAGGAGAUAUCAGAUCACGAAAGGCUACUUGAGAGAUUGAAGGUAUAUGAUCUGGUUGAGAACAAGGUUCAAGGAGAUGGCAAUUGUCAGUUUCGUGCUUUAUCAGAUCAACUUUACCGCUCCUGUGACCACCACAAGUUUGUGAGAGAUCAAGUUGUUAGUCAGCUCAAGUCUCAUCCAGAGAUGUAUGAGGGUUAUGUACCUAUGGCUUAUGGUGACUACUUGAAGAAAAUGAGCAAGAAUGGUGAAUGGGGUGAUCAUGUCACAUUGCAGGCAGCUGCAGAUUCAUAUGGUGUGAAGAUAUUCAUGAUUACUUCCUUUAAGGAUACUUGUUACAUCGAGAUCCUUCCACAUGUCCAAAAGUCAAAUCGAGUUAUUUGCUUGAGCUUUUGGGCUGAGGUGCACUACAAUUCAAUUUACCCUGAAGGAGGUAAACACCCAAAUACAUGUUAUCUACCAUUAUAUUUGCUUGUUAGGGUGACCAAAAGGAGUGUGCUGCAGUGCUUGUCACAGUUCUGCAAGUAAAGUAGAGCCUCCUCUACCAUUUUGCAUGUUUCAAAGAUGAAAACUAAAUAUUAGGCGACACGCUUCACUUAUCUGGUUGAUUGUUUGAAGAAAUAAAAGGAGUUGAAUGCUUUUACCAUUUGUUUCUAAUUUUUUGUAAUUGUUGUUAUGUAUCCAGAGCUGCCUAUCUUACAGGAUAGGAAGAAGAAGAAAUGGUGGAGCUUUUUAAGCUAGCAGUACACCCUUUAGAGUUGCAUAAAUUGAACCAACAGAUUGACCCUAAGCUUCUGGGGAUGCUGCCUUGAUCAGGCGAUAAGUGUCUUAAAUGUUCAUUACUUCCUAAUGUUGCUUAUUUUUUCCUUGUAAAUAUUCUUUCAUUGGAUUGUAUAUAAAAAUUUUGAAUUUUUUUAUUUGAUUAUUUAUAGAAAAUAGUAAGUUCAAUCUAUUUUAUAAUCCAUUUUUCUUUUUGAAUACAUAUAAAAAUAGAAUGCUUAA